CGGAAUUAGUGCAGUGGCUUAGGUGGCAUAAAGAUUGACCCUUCUCCCCACCCCGAGACCCAUAUCUACCACAAAACCCCACUCCUAGAAGUCACUCCAUCCGUGUGACCGCGAAACUUCCAAAAGCCCCUGAACUUUCCAGCCCGAUGUCCUGCAGCAAGAUGUGGCAGAUCGGUAACCCAGCCCCCCUGGUGCCCAUCAAGAACUUGCAGAACCUGAAGUUCGUAGCCCAAGGCGGUUUCGGCACCGUGUUUCGGGCGAGACACCAGGAAUGGGGUCACGAUGUAGCAGUCAAGAUUGUGAACUCGGAGGCGAUAUCCAAGGAAGUGAAGGCCAUGGCAAGUCUCCGUAACACAAAUGUGCUGCCUCUGCUGGGGAUCGUGGAGAAGCUGGAGUGGAACUACGUGUCGGGGCCGGCCCUGGUGACUCAGUUCAUGGAGAACGGUUCCCUGGCGGGGCUGCUGCAGCCCCAAUGCCCUCGGCCUUGGCCACUUAUCUGCCGCCUGCUGCAGGAGCUGGUGCACGGGAUGUGUUACCUGCACAGCCAGGACCCCGUGCUUCUGCACCGGGACCUGAAGCCCUCCAAUGUCCUGCUGGACUCCGACCUGCAUGCCAAGCUGGCAGAUUUUGGCCUGUCCACAUUUCUGGGAAGCUCACAGUCAGGGGCAGGAUCUGGGAAUUCAGGGGGCACCCCAGCCUACUUGGCCCCAGAACUGUUGGCUAAUGUAAACCAGAAGCCCACUAUGGCCAGUGAUGUCUACAGCUUCGGGAUCCUAAUGUGGGCAGUGCUCGCUGGAAGAGAAGCUGAGAUAGUGGACCAGAUAUCUCUGGUGCAGGAAGCCGUGUGUAAGAGGCAGACCCGGCCCCUACUGACAGAGCUGCCCCAGCCAGGGCCUGAGACUCCUGGCUUGGAAGGACUGUUGAAGUUAAUGCAGACCUGCUGGCACCAUGAGCCCAAGCGCAGGCCUUCCUUCCAAGAAUGCCGGCCAAACACUGAGGAAGCCCUCCGCCUGGUACAAAAUGGAGAUGACGCUGGUAAAAAAAUGUAUGCUGCAGUCUCCACAGUGAAGAAGUUCCUGUCCGAGCACAGGAGGUUGUCUGCCCCUGAGAUAGGUUCAGAAAGGACAGAAACCGAUGGCCCUGGGGGAACCCCAGGAAUCUCUGAUGCCAUGAUCUCUGACAUGCUGGAAAACCUGAAUCUGAAAGGGCCUCCCAGCUCUGUUCCUGAAAAGUGUGCAAACCUUCCUGAGAGGACUGAGGCACGGGAGCAGGUUCAGUACGCCGGGACAGCAGGGACAUCUGAUUCGACAGCCCAGCUGCCCCCGACUUCAGAGACCUCGCUAUUUAGAAACCAGAAAACCUCGGCUUGGACCCCAGGGGCUGGACCCCAAGGAAAUCAGGGGACUGAGAGAUGUGGCACCACCUGUCCUCCCAGGGAGCCAGAGCCAAGUCCAGCAGCAGGGCCACAGAACAUUUCCAUCCAUAACAGCGCAUAUGUGCAGAUCGGAAGCAACAACUACAUGAGUUUGCCAGGAGGACCUGCCUUACAUACGUGGGGCAUGGGUAGAGGCCCGCGGCGCACCCCCCACAAGUAGCUUCAAAAGAAGUGCCUUGAGAACCUGACAGCUGGACUGGGCCAAAGGGAAUUGAGGAAGCAACUAAACUGCCUCCUGGACUUCAGGCUGGGAGCCGAGACUCUGCGGGCCUUGAGGCCUGCACCUGAACUGACUUUGUGCCCCCAAGAGUCAAUAAA